GCCGAGAUCCAGCGACAGCGACGACAAGUUUUCCGCGCACACGGAAAGUCAGCAAGUUAAAAAAUAUACAUAUAUCUCUGAAAUACAAAAAAAUCUGACUUAUCGGUUUUAGCCACAAAAAUUUCUCUAUUAACACACGCGUGUGCGCCUAUCGAUCAUAGCGAAAAUCCCAUAAAAUUAUACACCAAACAAACAGCAAAAAAAGUCGCGCUUAAACUUUUUCGAAAUUAAAUAAAACACACACACGAAUUUUGAGCCACGAAGAGGAAGAGAAGGCUAAAAAAGCGAAAAAAAAAUACGUAGUGUGUGUAAGUGAGUAUCUGUGUGUGUGUGUGUGUGCGCGUGAGUGUAUCUGUGUGUCGUCGCCUCUCUGCGAGAGCUGAGCUUUGUGUGCUUGUGUGUGUGUUUUCUGUGCGAGCUGGAAUGAGACGCCAUCAAAGCUGAGCAGCGGAAUAAAAAAAUGCAAAAUAAAAAUAGUGAUUAAUAACAGCAGCCAGAACCAGCAGCAACAACAAUGCUAGUGCGGAAAAGCGCGUGAAAAAUAUAGUGGAAAUACUCAGCAAAAAAAAAAAGAAAAAAGUAAAGAUAGAAACGAAAUAUUGGUACGAAAACGCAAAUGCCAGGCGAAACGCCCCCGAAUCCAACCGCCCUCUGCCCCCCAACUUUGUACAAAACAACAGCAGCAGCAACAGCGAAUGUUAGGCCAAAAUGCACAAACUGACUAACAACAACAGCUCCAGCUCCACAUACCACAAAGAGUGGCAUAUUAGAAGCGGCCAAAAGCAGCCAGCCAAGAGCAUUGUGUAAGCCAGAGCCAAGAGGCCCAGAGAGCCAGGCCAAAAAGCCCCCAGACGCACAACAACAACAGAAACAACAGAAACAGCACAAAGAGUGGCGAAAGGUGCACCCACCAGCAAAACAGCAAAACAGCAACAACGGAGCAACAACAGUUCAGCAGCAGCCACAUUUCAGUUCCAGCUCCAGACUCCCAGGUUACAGACUCCUCAGACUCCAAACUCCAAACUCCAAGCUCCAUCUUAAGAUCCAGCUCCAGUUCCAACGAUCCACUGUUCCAGCCUGCUCGAGUGCCAUAGAUCCUAACCAAGUGCCAAAAUCCGCAUCCUGAUCUAAUCUGAGAUCCCUAGAGCUCAAGGCACCCGGCCCAAAACUGAGCUGAGAACGAAGCGAGGGAAGUUCCUUAGUGCCAUAGAAUGCGGUAAUUGAAACAACGACAACGAAAGACCAAGAGCAACUAACCGGAACCGAAAAGAACUUAAAGAACAAAACCACAAAGUGCCUUCCAUCAAUCAAUCCGUUGAUACACACACAAGUGAUAUUUAUUAUGUUUAUACUUGCCAGCAAUAGCAACAACCACCACAGGGGAUCGCAGUAUCGAUGAUCAGACCAAGACGACCAAGUCCUAGUGCAAUCCGGAAUCCAGUUUAAAUUAGUUCAAUAAGCCGAAGCUAUCGCAAAUAAUGUCCACAUCCACCGCCACAACGAGCGUAAUCACGUCCAACGAGCUCUCGCUGUCCGGCCACGCCCACGGCCACGCCCACGGUCACGGGCACGCCCACCAGUUGCAUCAGCACUCCCACAAUCGCCUUGGAGUGGGCGUAGGUGUGGGAAUCCUCAGUGACGCCUCCCUUUCGCCCAUCCAACAGGGCAGUGGCGGCGGUGGAGGAGGAGGAGGAGGAGGUGGUAAUUCCAAUAACAACAGUUCACCACUGGCACCCAACGGAGUACCGCUCCUGACCACCAUGCACCGAUCCCCAGACUCACCACAGCCGGAAUUGGCGACCAUGACAAAUGUGAAUGUCCUGGAUCUGCACACGGAUAACUCGAAAUUGUACGAUAAGGAGGCCGUCUUUAUCUAUGAAACCCCCAAGGUGGUAAUGCCUCCAGAUGGUGGGGGUGGCAAUAACUCGGAUGAGGGUCAUGCCAUCGAUGCUCGGAUUGCGGCCCAAAUGGGCAACCAGGCGCAGCAGCAACAGCAACAGCAGCAACAGCAGCAGCAGCAGGCGGAGCACCAGCCGCUGGCCAAGAUCGAGUUCGAUGAGAACCAGAUCAUCCGUGUGGUGGGACCCAAUGGCGAACAGCAGCAGAUCAUCUCGCGGGAGAUCAUCAAUGGGGAACACCACAUCCUGUCGCGCAACGAGGCUGGUGAGCACAUCCUCACCCGGAUUGUCAGUGAUCCCUCCAAGCUGAUGCCCAACGAUAAUGCCGUGGCCACAGCCAUGUACAAUCAGGCCCAGAAGAUGAACAACGAUCAUGGCCAGGCUGUCUAUCAGACCUCACCCCUGCCGCUGGACGCCUCUGUGCUGCACUACAGUGGUGGCAAUGACUCGAAUGUGAUUAAGACAGAGGCGGACAUCUAUGAGGAUCACAAGAAACAUGCGGCUGCCGCGGCUGCAGCUGGAGGAUCCAUCAUCUACACCACCUCGGAUCCGAAUGGUGUGAAUGUGAAUGUGAAGCAACUACCCCAUCUGGCGGUACCCCAGAAACUGGAUCCCGAUCUAUAUCAAUCCGAUAAGCACAUAGAUCUGAUCUAUAACGAUGGCAGCAAGACUGUGAUCUACUCCACCACGGAUCAGAAGGGCUUGGAACUGUACUCUGGCGGCGACAUCAGCAGUCUGGUGUCCGAUGGCCAAGUGGUGGUCCAGGCGGGUCUGCCCUAUGCCACCACCACCGGAGCCGGCGGACAACCCGUCUACAUUGUGUCCGACGGCGCUUUGCCAGCGGGAGUCGAGGAGCAUCUGCAGAGUGGAAAGCUCAAUGGCCAGACCACACCUAUCGACGUAUCUGGCCUAUCGCAAAAUGAGAUUCAAGGCUUUCUGCUCGGCUCGCACACCUCGUCAACGGCGACGGUCACCACAACCGGCGUUGUCUCCACGACAACGAUCUCGCAUCACCAGCAGCAGCAGCAGCAGCAGCAACAGCAGCAGCAGCAGCAACACCAGCAGCAGCAACAUCCCGGCGAUAUUGGUAGUGCCGCUGGCACGGGCUCACUUGCCUCCUCGGCGCAACAGCAGCAGCUAAUUAGCAUCAAACGAGAGCCCGAAGACUUGCGCAAGGAUCCCAAGAAUGGCAACAUCACCGGUGCAACAACAGCAAACGGGCCGGGUUCGGUGAUAACGCAAAAGAUCUUGCACGUGGAUGCAGCAGCGGCAAGUGAAGCUGAUAGGCCCAGCAGUACCACUAGCACCACCAGCAGCACAGGAUCAGCAACAGGAUCAGGAUCGCCGGGAACCAGGACGGCAGAGAACACCACACUAGAGAUGUAUGCAACCACGGGCGGCACACAGAUCUACCUACAGACCUCACAUCCCAGCACGGCGAGCGGAGCGGGCGGUGGUGCGGGUCCGGCAGGAGCAGCCGGCGGCGGUGGAGGAGGUGUCUCCAUGCAGGCCCAGAGUCCCAGCCCGGGUCCCUAUAUCUCGGCCAAUGACUAUGGCAUGUAUACGGCCAGCCGGCUGCCACCAGGUCCCCCGCCCACCAGCACCACCACUUUUAUAGCGGAGCCCUCCUACUAUCGGGAAUACUUUGCACCCGAUGGCCAGGGUGGCUAUGUGCCGGCCAGCACAAGGAGUCUGUAUGGCGAUGUGGAUGUCUCUGUAUCGCAGCCCGGCGGAGUGGUCACCUAUGAGGGCCGCUUUGCCGGCAGCGUUCCCCCGCCCGCCACCACCACCGUGCUCACCAGCGUGCACCACCAUCACCACCACCAGCAGCAGCAGCAGCAGCAGCAACAGCAACAACAGCAACAGCAGCAGCAGCAGCAACACCACCAGCAACAGCAACAUCAUCCGCAGGAUGGCAAAAGCAAUGGGGGUGCCACGCCCCUCUACGCCAAAGCCAUCACGGCGGCGGGUCUCACGGUGGAUCUGCCCAGUCCGGAUUCGGGCAUUGGCACGGAUGCCAUCACACCGCGGGAUCAGACCAAUAUACAACAGUCCUUCGACUACACGGAGCUGUGUCAGCCGGGCACGCUGAUCGAUGCCAAUGGCAGCAUACCCGUCAGCGUGAACAGCAUCCAGCAGAGGACGGUGGUCCAUGGCAGCCAGAACAGCCCCACCACCUCCCUGGUGGACACCAGCACCAAUGGAUCCACGCGGUCGCGGCCCUGGCACGACUUUGGGCGCCAGAACGAUGCCGACAAAAUACAAAUACCAAAAAUCUUCACAAACGUGGGCUUCCGCUAUCACCUGGAGAGCCCCAUCAGCUCAUCGCAGAGGCGCGAGGACGAUCGCAUCACCUACAUCAACAAGGGUCAGUUCUACGGAAUAACGCUGGAGUAUGUGCACGAUGCGGAAAAGCCCAUCAAGAACACCACCGUCAAGAGUGUGAUCAUGCUAAUGUUCCGCGAGGAGAAGAGCCCCGAAGAUGAGAUCAAGGCCUGGCAAUUCUGGCACAGUCGUCAGCAUUCCGUGAAGCAGAGAAUCUUGGAUGCAGAUACAAAGAACUCGGUUGGCCUCGUUGGCUGCAUCGAGGAAGUGUCGCACAAUGCCAUCGCCGUCUACUGGAAUCCGCUGGAGAGCUCCGCCAAGAUCAACAUUGCGGUUCAGUGCUUGAGCACGGAUUUCAGCAGUCAAAAGGGAGUUAAGGGCCUGCCGCUGCACGUACAAAUCGACACAUUCGAGGACCCCAGAGAUGCGACGGUCUUCCACCGCGGCUACUGUCAGAUAAAGGUCUUCUGCGAUAAGGGCGCCGAACGGAAGACGCGCGACGAGGAGCGACGGGCCGCCAAGCGGAAGAUGACGGCUACGGGCAGAAAGAAGCUGGACGAGCUGUACCAUCCGGUGACGGAUCGGUCCGAGUUCUACGGCAUGCAGGACUUCGCCAAGCCGCCGGUGCUGUUCUCGCCCGCCGAGGACAUGGAGAAGAGCUUCUACGGCCAUGAGACUGACUCGCCGGACCUGAAGGGGGCCUCGCCGUUCCUGCUCCAUGGCCAGAAGGUGGCCACGCCGACGCUCAAGUUCCACAACCACUUUCCGCCCGACAUGCAGACCGAUAAGAAGGACCACAUACUGGACCAGAACAUGCUGACCAGCACUCCUCUAACCGACUUUGGUCCUCCGAUGAAGCGCGGCCGGAUGACGCCGCCCACCUCGGAGCGCGUGAUGUUGUAUGUGCGGCAGGAGAACGAGGAAGUCUACACGCCCCUCCAUGUGGUACCGCCCACCACAAUCGGCCUUCUAAAUGCGAUUGAAAACAAAUACAAAAUCUCAACAACGAGCAUAAAUAACAUUUAUCGCACAAACAAGAAGGGGAUUACUGCGAAAAUUGACGAUGACAUGAUAUCGUUCUACUGCAACGAGGACAUCUUCCUGCUGGAGGUGCAACAGAUCGAGGACGACCUGUACGAUGUGACGCUCACGGAGCUGCCAAAUCAGUAGCCCUGGCAGUACGGGUAGCUCCCCAGAAAGAAAAAACACACUCAAAAUACACAAAACACGGACACAACAAGUUGUUUCAAUAAGCCAUUUUCCAUAGAGCCUAAGUCUAAAUAUCAUAGUUGUAAUGGGAACCGAGAAAUUGCUACCGGAAGUUAAAAAAGCUAAUACAAUACAUAAUUGUAAAAUGAUAUAUAUACAUACACUUAAAAUUCGAUUUAGUUAUUUAGCAACAAUGAGAUUAUCUAAAAUUUUUUGAUCAAAUUUUACAUUCUCGCUAUGUCUAUAGAUAUUUGUAAGCCCUAAUCGUAAUCGCAACCGUGUAUUUAUGCUCAUAUAUCCCACCAUAUAUAUGUGCGGAGUGCAACAGUGUCUGUCCAGUAGGAAGUAAGUCUCGUUUCCGCUCCCCUGCUUAUGCUAAGACCUUAGGUCCAGGGCAAGUAAGAGUUACAGAAUCUAUCUUUUAGGUGUAUCCAACGGAACCGUUAGCUCUACACGAAAUUUAGACAAUAGGCGUACUGUGUAAUCCAUUUGUAUGUUCGGCUUAAGCGUUUUUUACUUGUUGAAUAUAAAUUGUAAAAUUAUUUUUGAAAAACCCACACAAAACACAAAUCGUUUGUUCUAUAUUUCUGUUUCCACAACUAACUCUCGUUACCCUUCCCCCUAACACAAUCCCCUCUGUUAUGUAUAAUUAGGAUCUCUGUACACAAAAACAUAAAGAUGAAAACUUUGACGAACAAAAACAAAAAAGCUAUUUGGUAAAACACUCUCGAAGUAAUUAUCCUUAAAUCUAGAUAUACACCUAGAGAUAAGAACACUCUGCAAUAAAACAUGUUGAUAAAAAUCGUAAUUAAGUCCAAGCUAAGGCAAAAACAAAAUCGAAAAAAAGACAACUUUAAAAACAUUUGUGUGCAUUUGUUGAAAAACAAAAAAAAAUAUCUAAAGAACAAUAAUCAGCCGAGAAAGUUGAUUCAAAACUAAAACAAUUUAAUCACGAAUCGAUAAUCAACGGUAGCACCACAAAGGAUCGCAACAUUCGUAUGAAUAUAGAGACAGAUAUAUAUGAUAUGUAUAGGGAUAAUAUGUCGCAUAGCUCGAAUGCGUUUACAAUCUUUGUUUGCCAUAAUUAACAGUUUAAUUUAAUUAACGAAAUGUUUUGUGUACAAUGUUAUUUGAAUUCAAGCAGAGACUUCACCGCGAGAUUUGCUUGGAACUACGAAUACUCCGCAUCGAUUGCUACAAUUUUGAACAGUACGAGUUCAAUGCUCAAUAUUAUUAUUAAUUGUUUAUUAAUUGUAAUCCCCCCCCUUAACUUCUCCCCAAUAAUGCUCUAUUUCUUCUUCUUUUGCCCCAUAACUCUUUUUCGUGAGGGGAAAAAUCGUUUUCCACUUGACAUUUCCGGUGUUGUACAUCACAAUUUGUUUUUAAUUUUAGCCCUUAGUUCUAAAUGUACUAUUCAAGAUUACACAAUAUUAUGAUAUGAAAUGAGAAGAGAUAAGAGAGAUAUCAGUGGAUAUGAAAUGAUGAUGAAUCGAAAAUCUUGCCGGCAUGUUAUAAUUCUUUACAUUUAGUUACCGUAACCCUUAAGUUCUACGCUCUUUCUAUAUAUUGUAUACACAAAACAUACACAUAUAUUUUAAAAGCCAAUAAUUUAUUUUUUGUUACUGUUGGAAAACAAUUCCGCGAAAAAUAGAAAAGCGAAAAAACCAUAAAAAAAAAUCGUGAAAAUGCAACUGAGAACAAGUGACACUCCAUCAUGUGCAUGUCCAACUUGAGAAAUUAUAAAAAGAGACAAGCAAACAAAAUAAAACAAAUUGUACAAUAUAAUUAUAAUGAAUACACAACAUUUAAAUAAAGAACAAAAAGUAAAAGGAUUGUUUUUUAUAAAGGGAUUGUAUAGCGAAACAAAAGCGUUGGUUUUUUUUGAUGAAGACAGGAUACAAGUAAUGGA